AUGGACGAUGAAGAUGGCCGAUGUUUGCUAGAUGUAAUUUGUGACCCCCAGGCUCUGAAUGACUUCUUACAUGGAUCCGAUAAGAUUGACGGAGAUGAUUUGCUGGAUAACACAGGAGAUGCAGCGAGUGCCUUCUUUGUGGGCACUGGGCUUCAUGUUCAGGAAACUCCUGGGAACCAUUUAACUGCAGAACCGAACCAAUCAACUGGUGGUGUAGACUUGGACUUUUUGCCAGAUGACAUCCUUGGGUCUCCAUCUGCGGCUAGCGCAAGCCUCGCCAACUCUGACCAGCCAUGCGACAUCCUUCAGCAGAGCUUGCAGGAGGCCAACAUCACAGAACAGACUCUUGAAGCUGAAGCAGAACUGGACUUGGGCUCCUUUCAGUUGCCUACUUUGCAGCCCGUGGUGCCAGCCGCUCCAGAUGGGACUCCCCAAAUAUUUUCUGGAGGUGCUGACCUAAUUGGACUGCAGCAGCCAGCAGUGUUGACUCACCAAGCGCUAGUUCAGCAGUCAGUGGGGGCAGAUGUGGUCAAUAAGGCCAUUAGUGUCCAGCCCUUCAUCCAACAAGUUGGCCUUGGUAAUGUUACAAUUCAGCCAAUCUCC